AAAAAUUACAACUGGAAUAAUACCCCAGAUUUUUUUCAUGUAUUUGGAUCUUUUCUGCUUACAAAAAAUAUUUUAACCAUGAGCUGUGGAAAUGAUUUUGUGGAAACUCUUAAGAAAAUUGGAUAUCCAAAAGCUGAUGAGCUUAAUGGAGAAGAUUUUGAUUGGUUGUUUGAGUCUUUGGAAGACAAUUCAUUUCUGGAGUGGUUUUGUGGAAAUGUAAAUGAACAGCAUGUGGUAUCUGAAAAAGAACUGCAAGAUUUUGAUAAUCUUCUUCAGUCUGGUAAGCCCAUUUUGGAAGGAAAUGCACUGGAUGAAGUCCUUAAAACCUUGAAGCCCAUGGAUUCAAAGAACAGUAGCCAAGAGGAGGAGGAGGAACUGAAGAAAUUAGAGGAUGAGCUUCAAACUCUUCAGAAGUUAAAGAAACUUCAAAUUCAUCGGCAUAAUAAGCUUCAAAUGAUGGUUUCUGCAAACAGCCAUAUGUUACAAACAUUAAAAAGCAGAGAGGAAGCAGCACAUAAAGAUUUGAAAGAAGGACUGGAAGUGUUUACUGCAGCAAAUACUAAGCUUAAUAAUGAACUGCUGUCUCUUACGGAUGCAGCUAAGAAAUUGGCCUCUUUCUUCACUGCUUCAGAUUCAGAACAAGGGCCAGGCCUACAUCCAGUGUUUUUUUCCCAACUUUCUUUGGACAAGUAUUUGUCUCAGGAAGAACGAAGCACUGCAGCACUUACCUCAUACAUAAAAAAACAUUUUUAUCAAGGUAUGUCUGAAUGGGUUGAAAAUUCACAUGAAGGCAGCUUUCAGCUUGCGGAUAUAAGCAGGGAAGUUGCUUGUGACAAGACUAAUGAAGUUUGCGAAGAUAGUCAAGAGAUGGCCAGGCUCCAGACAGCAUAUAUUUGUGCUCAACAUCAGCUAAUUCAGAUGCAAGCUAAAGAGCAGAGCAUGAAUUUGGCUAUAAAAUGUGCAGAAAGCAUGCUGCAGUCCUUAGACAACAAGGAUAUUGGAAAACAAGAAAACCUUGAUGCUAAAAUAUCUAGUUUAAAUUAUGAAAUUUCAACAAUUAAACAAGAUAUAACUCAGAUAAACAAUGAAGAACUCCUUCCCCUUCUGAAAGAGAAUGCACGACUUUUGAGUGCGCCAGUGGUGAAAGCUUACCUGGAUCAUCAGAUUGCUCAGCAGGACCAUUAUGCUUCAGGUCAAGAUGAAAUAUGCAGGCAUUUGGUAAGACAGAAAGCAUCAUUUGAACUUAUUGAGCUAGCCCAUGAAAUGGAGUUGAAGAAACAUAAGGAGAUCUGCUGUCGACUUGAGAAUUUGGUAGAAUCUCUGAAACAGAGCAAUGAUGAGUUGCAACAGAGACUACAGGUGAUAACUGAGCGAACUCAACAUGCGAAGCCAAGAAACAUUAUUAGUUCAAAAGAUGGUUUCUCUUGCAGGCUAUAUCAGCUUCUGGAAGGAGAAAAUAAAAAGCAACAAUUGUUUAAAACAUACGAAAGCCUGGAGCAGAUGGCUCAGAAGUUAAAGCAGGACUGUGCUACAGUACAAGAUCAGAUAGCAGCAUCUUCUCAAGAACAGUCUCUCCUUUUGUCCAAGCUAAAAAGUGAUGUAGAUAGCCUUCAUGAUGUUCUGUAUUGUGGAGGAAAUCAAAUACAGCUCAGUAGUCGGGAACUUACUGAGCAGUUUCAUCAACUGGAAGUUGAUUUAAAUAAACUAAAUCAACUCCUUAUGGAUUUGAUUGCUGACGUGAAGUCAAAGAGAAACUUUUUAGAGUCCAAUAAGCUGCAUCAGAUGGAAAGAAAUUUGUAUGUGUAUUUUUUCAAAGACGAAGACCGCUUGAAAGAGAUGGUGGAAGAGCUUGAGCAGCAGUCUGAAGCUAAAGCUAGCGGUCUGGAAGAUUCGAAUUUCACCACCAGUGGAGUUCUUAAUGUUUAAACUUCAGUGUACUUUUAAGAAAGGAAAGCAUGUUAAUGUAAACUGUCUACAGGUUUAUGGAAUGAUAAGUAUUAGCUGAUCAAGGCUAACAUUUAUCUAUCAUUGCAAUGUUAUGUUUAGCUGCCACGAUUACCAAGUUUGGACUGUAUGCUGUUUUAUGGCUUUUGGCAUCUGCCCGGCAAGUUCAAAUCUCAGUUUUUGUCAAAGUUCUUUGAUAUGAAGUAAUAUGUUGGUUAUUUGAAUGAAUUACAUUCAGGCUGCUCUUCUGCUAGCCUGUAUGUUGAGUUCCACUGCACACAGCAUAGCACAAAGAGGAACAUUUCCUACCCUUGAGAUAAGUUUUCUUGCAUGCUAAGAACCUUUGAUACGUGAACUGAAAAAUAAAUGUGGAGAAGGCAUUCCAGAUUUUGGAACAUGAAUGUAAUGUGUUCCUUCUGAAGAGGAGAGUUCUCCAAGGCAGAUAUUCCGUGAUUGUUUCCCUUAGAGUUCUCCAAAGAAGAUUUGAUUUUGUUAAAAAUGCAUUGGAAUAUGUACCAGAAUCUGUCUCACGUAUGAAGAACAUCUGUUUUAAGACCAUUCUGGUAUCUCUUAAUUUAACUUGCAGCCUAUCUUCUCCGUUGAAACCAGUCUAUACUUACACUGCGCUCUUCAAAGAAAAAGAAUUUUAAAUUUACUCUUUGGACUUCUGAGUUUGCUCUAUUAUUUAUAAUGAUAGGCGUUUCAAUUCAGAGUCCUGAUGCUUUCAUACUUCUGCUUUCAUAUCUAUUGUUAGACAGUUUAUCAAAUUUUUAUAUAGCUUCCUAAUACACCAAUGGAACUAAAUAGGCUUUUAUAGUAUGAUAACGUCCAGUCUUUUAUGUUUUGAUGGGAUCGUCUGUGCUUCCUUUCAAGCAUUGUACAUAUUGAUGAAGGUUAAUAAAUUAGCUUUAACUUCAGUAACAGUAGUGUUAAAACUAUUUUAAUGGCAGACUUUUAACUUACGUGAGUAUAACUUAUUUUUAGAUGUUUAAAUUUUUUUUAACUUACUGAUUGGAUGUCAUUAUAUCUGGAUUUCAUGCUGCUUAACUCUAUAC